AUGAUCAAUCAAAACAGCCAGUAUAAAACAAUUGAGGCUACAAUCAAAUGGUUGCAAGAGUACAAGUCGUUGGCGGUUUCGUCGAGACCGCUGCUAACUGAGUUUUUAGAUCCGAAAUUUGUCAACGAAGCGGUUGAGUGUAUCAUUGGCGAGCGGCCCAUUGAAACCGGCGCAAUUGACGACAAUACCCAGUACUUCAAACUACUAGCCGAGUUUCUGGCAGACAUGUUCAUUGGCACCGAGGUGGUAGAAGCCCACAUCCAAGCUAUGGACUCUUCGUUACUCGACAGGUUCGUGAAGGGCGAGACAAAGUGCGAGUUUGUGGAAGACCUAGCUUUGACCGAGGCUAUCUACCAUUACUGUUGCUUACUAUUGGUUAGUAGUGUCCGCGGAAAGCGAAUGGCGUGGGCCAUGACCAAUAUUAACUACCUGCCCUUGGAGUACAAAAAGGUGCUGGAAAAAUUUAGUCUCAUAGCGGACAAGCAGUCUGAAUUCGAUGGCAUUGAGGAUGACUCGGAAAAUGCAAAACUAGAAGAGGCAUUACUGGAGAAGGAGGAACAAGCUCGAUUCCUCCAAUUACAGCUGAAUGAACUUCACGAAACGAGUCAGCUCAAAGAGCAGCAGCUGCUUACCGAGCUAGAGAGUAAAGAGGAAAAACUGAAAGCUUAUGAUCAAUUGGUGGCUAAACUAAAGAUACAGAAUGAGCAGUUUCACCAUAACUUCAUGGACGCGUCUGUCGAUUCCACUCUCAACAAACACUCAAAACUGGAGAUGAUAUCGUUCGAAAAUAAAGUGCUGGAGCACUUUAUCUCCCUAUUGGCAAAAGCGGCAGAUUAG